AUGAAGACGAUAUAUAAUUUUAAUAGUUUCUUAAUAUCUACACUACCUAUUCACACCACUAUUUCCUCAAAAACAGCUACAAAAACUAAAAAGUUUGAUUGUUCACAACAAACACGCCAUUUAUCAAUAAAUUUAUUUUAUUUAUUAUUAGCAAACAUCAUAAUUCAAAUAUUAUGUUUACCAGGUGUUGAUUCGGAAUUUGUAAAAAGGGAAGGUCCAUAUACAUGUCCAUAUUCAGGAAAUGAUGUAUUAUAUUGUAAACCUGAACAGAAUGAAUUUUUUAAAGUGAAUGAUAGUGUAAUAGUUGCAUGGAAUAAGAAUUUUGUAAUAUAUGCAGGUUCAAAAACUUUAAAUGUAAACCUUUUUAGAAGAGAUACUUCCAACAGCGCCAUGUCUGUUACAGUUCCUGGAUUUCCAGUUUCAGUAAAAACUGAUGAAGGAAGUAUAAGUUUUAAAGCUUCAUUAGAUUGGAUUUUACCUGAAAUUCCUCCUCCAACAUUCCUUAUAUCAUCUAGUUAUGAUUUUACAGUUCAAUAUUAUAAACCCUCCAACAUUAUAAAUAUAUCAUCAGCAACAGUAAUUACAACAACAGCUAUUGUCACGGAAACAAAUAGUAUAAUAGGGAGUGAUGACCAUGAACAUAAAAUGUAUUCGCCCGUAAUAAUCUCUGUUAUUGUCGUUUCAAUUGUUGCCGCUUUACUUGCAUUCAUUGUAAUAGUGCUUUUUACAAUUAUCAGAAAACGUAAUAAUAAAACAGGAAAAGAACAAAACUUUUCAACUUUAUCAACAUCUUCAAAUACGCUAAUGGUAGAAUCAACUCUUAGUGGAAAUAGCGAUGUUAGUGAUGGUUACCAUAAAGAUGCAGCAUUAAUUUCUGACGCAUUUCGUAAGGUAUUACGUAAACCUAACUGGAAACAUGGUGAUGAUGAUACUGACGAGGAAGAUUUUGACGCGAAUUUAUCGGAAGAAGAUCUUGCUCGUAGAAGAGAAGCUAAAGAAUUGAUGAAAAAAGAAUUGGCUGAAGAAGGAACCGGGAUACACAGUGUUUCAAGAAGACAGACAACAAUUGAACAUAGCAGCAUUCGUGAAUGGAAAGAUGAUAGCGAUAAUAUUGAUAAUAUUGAGGGGAGAAAGAGUAGUAGUAGCGAUGUAGGUGGUAUGAUUAGUG